AUGUCACAGAAUAAAAGACCAAUAGUUUAUGUCGUAAAAGAAGAGGUAAAAGCAUUGGGGGCUGCACAAAUAAUGCUUGGCCUAAUUCACAGUGCACUGGGGAGUCUCUGGUUCUUUUUGUACCAUCUAGAAGAUGAGACGCACAGUGUCGGUCCUGUCCUGAUGCCAGUUACCAUCAUUUACAUGUUUGUGUCUGGAUCACUUUUCAUCAACUCAGGAUCCAGCAGUGUAGUCCAGGGUGAUGCUUCAGCAUGUCAGCUUGUGUUUGGAAUUGUAAUGAACACCAUAAGUAUCUUCGUGGCUAUUAUUGGAAUAAUUAUAUUUGCCGUUGAGUUUCCAGCUUUUGAAGCCCUGGGAAAUGAAUACAUUUGGUCAAAUAUGGCUGGCAUGAUGCUUCUGCAGAUCUCCAUCUUAUGUAUCAUCUCAGAGCUGGUCAUUACAGUCAUCACAGUCGACUUGUUCAGAAACACGUUUCAUCGACCCAGACUCUGGGAUGAACGUGAGUAA